AACGAAACUAAUGUAAUAUUAUAUUGUUUGGCCAGAUGAAUAUCCCUAUUCAAAUUAUUUUGACCUGGAAUCUUUGUUUUUUAUCGUCAAUUGAAGCCCUAAGUCUAUACAUGAGCAACUACUUUAUCGUGCAAGUUCCUGACGUGCGCAGGGGCAAUGUAGUAUUCCAGGCACUGACCCCGUCCCACGCGCCUUUCAACGUGAGGUUUAGGGCGGCCCAGUACCGAGAGAAGAGAGUCCAGCUCAGCAGGCUAAAACUCGCGACAGUAGUUUUUGAAAACAUGCGCAUGAUACAGCAAAGCAGUUUCCGCACCUACUCGUAUGUGGCCGAGAGUCUGGCCGACCACAACUUCUGCCUGCACGUCCAGCAGGUUCUAGCAGACAACAACUUUCUGUUGGCGGACAUGUUGGUGCUCCCUGUGGCCGGGUUUGGUAGACGCUAUUCAAUUAUUGGGCCGAGUAUCUAUCCGGAAUAUAUUGUUGUGGCUAGUGAUGUAACAUAUCUUGAUGGACAAAUCUCGUAUAUUGAUGGCUCUUCAGUUGACAGGUAUCAAGGAGUAGUCAGACUCAUACUUGACAGGGAACAAGCCUACGUGAUUCACAAAGAGUGUGACAGUCCAACCUAUUACCGAAUAGUUGCUUCACUUCAAGCAACAACACCAUUUGGCGUGAUCGUCGGAUCUUGCAUUAACCCUUCACGUGGAGAUACCUCGGCGCAUUCUGUACGGGCCUCGCUAAAUAUGCUGUUACCUGAAGAGUAUUACAGCCGAGAUUGCAUCGUCCCGGCUCCCUUUAAAAAUGAAGCUGUUCUACAUCUAUUGAAGGUUAACGUUACUACAUCGCCGAUAAAAUAUACGUCGAUAAAUGACGAGGCGGAUCUUUUCAUGCACGGACCUCGAAUAUCUAAUUUCAUCUGGGCUACUUAUAAUGAAGUGGCCUUUAGAAUGGACUCGGAUACACCCUUGUCUUGUUAUAUGACCUUCAUGAGUCGGGGCGAUGAAAAUUUCUUUGGAGCUACAACAAUUAUCCCUAGUGGAUUGUAUUGUAACUAUUAUGUGUGGAGCACUGUGAAUUACCCAAACAUCGAACACAAUUACGUGGUGUUUUUCAGCCAAACAAAGCACAAAGAUUCUCUCAUCUAUGACGGAACAAAUAUUUUAAAUGCGAACUGGACCCGUCUCACGCGCACGUCCAACUGGUCCUUUAUCUACAUGGACAGUGCAGCGGGGGUGCAUGAGGCCUACAUGUCUGAGGGGGCGCCCUUUGGCUGCUACAUCUACGGCACUGGCGGCAUUGUAGCGCGCUCAAGGCAUGGAUAUCUCACCAGUGUCGGCCUCAUUGCUUCAGGAAUCAACUACGAAAUCGUGAAGCGGAUAUCAAAACCGAACAUGACAGAGGGCGACCUGUAUGAUAAUGACAACGAUGCCGCCGUUGAUGAAGAGCUAAACAAUGGAAUAGAUGAUGACGGCGAUGGUUUAAUUGACGAAGAUCUGGCAUUCCCAAAAACGGUUCAUGGGAAUUGGAGUCAGUGGCAGGGCUGGCAAUGUCAUGGAAUUUGUGGGGUGGGGAUGUUAUCCAAAGUCAGGUUAUGUAACAAUCCAACACCUCAAGGGUAUGGGACGCCGUGUAUAGGUGACGGCAAGUUUACAGGUGACAAUCAGUCGUGUCACACUGGGCACACCUGUCCUGAAGACUGUCAAGUGGGUAGUUACCUCAUGGACUGUGUCGGUGACUGCUCCAACUGUGAGAAUGAUUGUAACAAGUUUAACGGCUCCUGUGACAGGUGUAAGUUAGGAUGGAAGGAUCCAGUACAUGCUUGUACUACAGAAUGUCCGGAAAUGACCUUCGGGUUUCACUGUACACAGUCCUGCAGCUUGAAAUGCAACAAACACGACUGUUUAGAUAAAGUCCGUGGCACUUGUCCAGUGCUUGCAAAGUCCCAGGACCUGCUUUUUCUAUUCCCACUCGUGUUGCUGUUGCCUGUUUGCUUCCUGCCGUGUAUAUGCCGCAGGAAAAAGGUUGUGGUCUCAGAGUCAGAAAAUCCUGCGCUGGAUCUGACGUUACAAUUGCUUUGAAGUGAUAAAAUUUAUCUGGCUGUGAUCUUAAAUCUGAC